AUGAGCCUGAAAUCCCUGGCAUCCAUCGGGAUCACCAACCUCCUGUGGGCCCGGUACCACCCGGGAUCCAUCGGGAUCACGGUCCUCCCGGGGUCCCAGCACCCCUCGGGAUCCAUCGGGAUCCCAGUCCUCCCGUGGGCCCAGCACCCCCCAGGAUCCACUGGGAUCCCAUCCUCCCGCCUGCAACCCCCAGGAUCCAUGGGGAUCCGGGUCCUCCCAGGGUCCCAGCACCCCCCGGGAUCCACUGGGAUCCCGUCCUCCCGUGGGCCCAGCACCCCCCCAGGAUCCACUGGGAUCCCGGUCCACCCGUAG